AUGAACGACGCACCCGUCCCCAGGGCGCCCAGCCCCUUUAGCAGCCCCUUCAGUCCCUUCGCGCAAUCCUCGAGCGAGUUUGGCCCAUCCACGCCCCCCAGCGAAGAGUCGGACCUGCCUUGCCCGCCAUCACGUGCUGCAAGCAUGGGCGACCGCUUGCACGGCCGCCCACCGCUCCCUGUGCUCCGCUCCUUGUCCACUCCGGACCCGCAGAGGGCGCUGCAGACGCAGCUGUCCCGACAGUCCAGUGCCCCCAGCGCCGCCGGCAGCAAGAAGGCGCCGUCGCAGCUGUGGCGCACGUCGACGGCGGUAAGCGACAAGGUGGCCUCCGCGCUGGGCUUGACCAGCCUGGCAGACCUGUGCGGCACCAGCUACAUACCCCAGGACAGCCUGAAGAAGGUCAAGGCGCUGGGGGAGGGCGCCUUUGCAGAGGUCGAGGUGGCCAAGCUGGUGACGCCGCCCGAGGCUGGCGCCCCCGUGGCGGCGGGCGCCUGCGUGGCCGUCAAGCGCCUCAAGCCCAACGUGCUCGAGUGCGAGGACGACGUGUUCAGCUUCGUGGCCGAGGCGCGCCUGCUGCUGGCGCUGCGCCACCCCUCCAUCAUCCAGUACAUCGGCAUCGGCUGCGCAGACGCCUCCAUCCCAGAGGCCCAGUGGCGUACCAUGUACCUGGUGCAGGAGUUUGCGGAGCACGGCACGCUGAAGAAGGUGGUCCUCAACCAGAUGAUUACCCCCGGCCGCAAGCUGUACUCGCUGGCGGAUGCGGUGCGCUGGGGCAAGCAGAUGGCGCAGGGGCUGGCCUACCUGCACGGCUGCAGCCCCAUGGUCAUCCACAGAGACCUCAAGACAGAAAACGUGCUGCUGGUCAGCGGCCAGGGCGGGCGCAUGGAUGCCAAGCUGGCAGACUUUGGGCUGCACACGCUGGUCAAGCGGCCCGCGGCGGCGCUGCCCGCCAUCGAAGACAUCAAGGAGGAGGAGUGCCACCACGGCCUGGCCCUUGCCGCCGACGCCGCGCGCAGCCCCACCGCCGCCGACGCCGAGGCGCAGCGGCAGGGCAUCGCCGACGCCAGGCAGGCCAAGUACCACCUGACGGGGCAGACGGGCGCCUACAUCUACAUGGCGCCCGAGGUGCUGCAGGGCAAGCCGUACAACGAGAAGGUGGACUGCUUCGGGUUUGGCGUCAUCCUGUACGAGCUGCUGCACCGCAAGAUGCUGCUGGCGGACAUCAUGUACCUUGGGGGCGCCGACGACGCCCAGGCGCACGCACACAAGGUGGCCGCCGGCUACCGCCCGCCCAUCAGCGAGGCGCUGCCCCAGGGCCUGCGCCAGCUGGUCAAGGAGUGCCAGUCGGGCACACCGGAGCUGAGGCCCAGCAUGGAGGAGGUGGUGAGGCGGAUGGAGGAGGUGGAGCGGUCUGGGGAGCUGCAGGCAGCGGAGCAGGCGCACGGGCCUAAAGGCUCCCAGGCCGGCUGCUGCACCAUCAUGUGA